GAUUUAUUUCCAGAAUACGAUGAAAAAUUUUUUUUUGAUGUUUUGUUGACGUUUAUUUCGUAUCUGGUAGGUUUAAAUUAAAAAUCCACACUUUUUUAAUUUUUCAGUUAUUCACGAGCAAAUAAAAAAUACGCGCAGGAAUAUGGUUGAGGGAGAACCAGUUAAUCAGUCAGAUGAAUUACCGAAAGUUGAAAAUGAACAACCCAUUGAAACUGAACCGGCUAUUGCAGAAUUAGUUGUUAAACAUCCAUUAGAGAAUAAAUGGACACUUUGGUUCUUUGAAAAUAAAAGUAAAGUUUGGGAAGAAAAUAUACAUGAAGUUGCUAGUUUUGAUACUGUUGAAGAUUUUUGGUGCUUAUUCAAUCACAUCAAACGUCCAAGUCAACUUUCGUACCAAUGUGAUUACAAUUAUUUUAAAAAUGGAAUCAAACCUAUGUGGGAAGAUGGAAAAAAUAGUGCCGGUGGUCGUUGGUUAUUACAGUUACCACCAGCAAAAAAUAGCCAACUUGUUGAUGAGUACUGGAAAAAUAUAAUAUUAAGUAUAAUUGGUGAAAUAUAUGACCAAAGCUCUGAAAUUAAUGGAGCUAUAGUUAACGUACGAAGCAAAGGAACUAAGAUAGCAGUAUGGACAAACAAUGCAUCAAAAGAUAAUGGCAGUAAUAUUAUGGCUAUUGGAAGAAAAAUAAAAGAAGUUUUGGGCGCACAAAAUGAAAAGAUGGUUUAUGAGUCUCACGCAGAUACAGCAAAUAAACAAGGAUCAUUUACAAAACACGCGUUUAUGAUAUAAAUUAGCAAAAAUGAAAAACAAAUGUUUGAAAAUGUUAAAAAAUAACAUGCAUUUAAAAUGAAAAUAAAUAUUAAAACUUAAGAAAGACU